GCGUCGGCGGAAGAGCAGCCGGGGGAGGACGCGGCGGACGAGGCGGAGGCCCAGAUCAUCCAGCUGCUGAAGCGAGCCAAGGUGAGGAGCUCGGCCGGGCGUGCGCGCUCCCCGCUCCGGUUUCCCGAGGCUCGGAUGGAUUGGCCCCCGGUGGAAGGUCGGGAUCCGUCCGGACUGGUCCGCGGCGAAUCCUGCAGCAAACCCGCCGCAGUCUUGAGCAUCAUGAAAGAUGAGCCAGAAGCGGCUGAGCUAAUUUUGCAUGAUGCUCUACGUCUUGCAUAUCAGAGUGAUAACAAGAAGGCCAUCACUUACACUUAUGACUUGAUGGCCAACUUAGCAUUUAUACGAGGGCAGCUUGAAAAUGCAGAACAGCUGUUUAAAGCAACAAUGAGUUACCUGCUUGGAGGAGGCAUGAAGCAGGAAGACAAUGCGAUAAUUGAAAUCUCUCUGAAGCUGGCCAAUAUCUAUGCUGCUCAGAAUAAACAGGAAUUUGCCCUUGCUGGCUAUGAAUUCUGCAUUUCAACUCUAGAGGGAAAAAUUGAAAGAGAAAAGGAGUUAGCAGAAGACGUGUCAGUGGAAGAAAAAGCUAAUACCUACCUCCUCCUUGGCAUGUGCUUAGACUCUUGUGCACGCUACCUGCUAUUCUCCAACCAGCUAUCACAGGCACAAAGGAUGUAUGAAAAAGCCCUGAAGAUUUGUCAAGAAAUACAAGGAGAAAGACACCCACAGACCAUUGUGCUGAUGAGUGACUUGGCUACCACUCUGGAUGCACAGGGCCGCUUUGAUGAUGCCUACCUUCAUAUGCAGAGGGCAUCAGAUCUGGCAAGAGAGAUAAGUCACCCUGAGCUGCACAUGGUGCUCAGCAAUCUGGCUGCCAUCUUGAUACACAGAGAACGAUACAUACAAGCAAAAGAGAUCUACCAGGAAGCACUGAAGCAAGCAGAACUGAAAAGAGAUGAGGUUUCUGUUCAGCACAUCAGGGAAGAAUUGGCUAAGCUGUGAAGAAAAAGUAGAUUUUUGACUUAAUUUUGUUAAGCUAUAUAAGUUUAUUCUGUUGUAGAGAGGAUAAUCUGUGGUAACCCAAAGGAGUGACUGUUCCUUAAUUGUCUGGACCCUAAGCAGUGGUAUACAUCAUUGUUGAAAUUCAGCUUUGUUCAACUCAGCCUCGGUGAAGGACAAGUUGUAUGCACUGCCACUUUUGUUUAUAAAUUUAUUUAACUUUGAGAUGGGGUGUCUCUAUGUGUAGGCUGGCCCAGAAAUUGCUGAUACUCAAGGUUGGCCUCCAACCUGGAAUCCUCCUCCCUCGGCCCCGCAGGUGCCUGGCCUACCUUUGUUUUUAAGGGGAAACAGCUUCCAUAAUGUAAUGAUGCUUCCCGUGCAACAUGUAACGUGUGUUCACGCCAGUCAGAAAAUUACAAGCCAGGUUCCCGCGAUAUGGUCACUAGACCCCAUAAGAUUUUGGUUCAUGCUUUCUCUUCUCUAUCCAUUUCUGGCAAACAAGUUACUUGUCUCCUGGCACAGGAGGAUUUUGGGGAGUUCUCCUAUAGACUAUUUUACUGCAGCAUUGUGAGAUUUAACGAACAUAGGAGGGAAACUGCUAAUUCUUGUUGGCCACCAUUAGGCAGCAUUCACUUCUUAGGAAGAAAUGAGGCACUUGAACUGCAUACCCCGUUCAUAUGUAACUACUGAAACUGGUGGUGGCAGAAGGAAUGAAGGAAGCCCUUAGCAGCACUGUCUGAGCCCUGGGCUUCCUUUAUCACCAGACACACACAGUGGAGUCAAACUGAACCCAGUAAUGCAGACAGCACCAAUGUGUACCUCGGUAAUGUGAAACCACUGACCUGGAUCCUACUUAGCUCUGCUUUUUCAUUUUGCAAUCUCUUGUUUUCGCAGCUGUAAAGUGUGAGACCAGUUAGAUUCUUUGAUGACCUUUAUCACUGCCUUAGACUAUAUAAAUAUUAGAUGCACGGUUGGAUGUGUUCACCUUUGCAGUCUGGCAAACGCCCAUCUAUCUAAGAGAAAGACAAACUUUCUGGGUGCCCUGAAGGAACACUAGUUAGUGGUGUUGGCAUGCCCAUGGAAGUGGGUGGUGUGAGUAGGGUGGCCAAUGGACUUCGGUUCAUGUGUUUGUACUGGGAAAAUCUUCAUAAUAAACGAGAGACUAUACAAUA